GAUCGUAUAUAAAUCACGAGGAUGACGACGAUGCGGACGCUAUUUUUCCUCGGUGUGGCGUUUACUGCAUUCGCCGAGAUUCGCGCUGUUCCGGCGAGAUACGAUCAACGGCAGACUGGCGAUUUCAACUUAGCCGCCAAGCUGGAGAAUCUCCUCUUCGUCGUGGUCUUCCCUAGUAAUACUGACAAAUUCGGUGACUUGGCAUCGACCGCUCUCGAAGCUGCGGCACUAUUAGGUCGAUCAAAGGAAGGAUCGAUCAAAUCCGAUGAAGCAGUUCGCCAAGAAGAGCCUUAUUCCGUGGAAAUUAUAAGUGUAAAUCAUCUGGACAAAGAGAAUUCGGUGCGAAAAGUGGAGGGAAAUGUGGAAACGUCAAACGUCUCGGAUCAGCGGUCGACGUUCGUCGAAAAUAAGAAAGCCGAGAAAGCUGAAAGAAUCGCGAGAAAUGUAAAGAACUUCGACUUCCCGAAGAGUCGCGAGGCUUUGCCGAUUGUCCCGGGAUACUUCGUGAACGUGAGGAAGACCUCCGGACCCAAGACGGGAAAUGACGGCCGAGCCUGGACCGUGGUUGAGAACGCUUGGUAUCCAGACGACGAAGCGGAACAAUUGGGAAUGCCGUUGAGGAAGCAGCUGCCUCAAGAAAGAAAAAAGAACAUCGCGAGUCUACCCUCAUCGAGCGCUGACAAGAACGACGUAUCUCCCUCAUUUGCUGAGGAAAAACACGAUGAACUGAUACUGCUGGGCGGCGGCAUCGAGAACUGCGGUCCAGGAGGACGUCGUGAUGCGUCCGGCAUUUGUCAGUUUGACGGAUCGACCACUUCAGCCGUUUAGCUUUAAAUCCCCAUGGCUGUAGUUCUUAAACAUCAAAAUAUAUUAGUUAUCAUCAUGCGAUUAUUUUUUAUUUUUAGCUUAAAUCUUACAUCUCAGAUACAUUACCUUUACUGAUCAAAAAGCAUUUUUUUUGUUUAUUAAUUUCAUGCCAGAUUAAAAGAGGAGUAAUUAUUUGGUUAAAUUAGCUUAAAAUGCGUUGAGUGCGAGAUGAUUAUCGUUUUAUACAAAGUGUACGUGUGCGAAGAUUUAUACUGCAUGUAUCUAUUAAACUACUUGAUCAAUAAAAUACUUGAACAAUA